AUGAAAAAGUGUAUAAUAGUUUACGCAGUAUAUUUUAUUUCCUGUGGAUUUGCUUCUUCCAAUUUUGAUGACCAUUUCAAAAACUGUCAUCCAAACGUAGCUGGUUUUGACGUUUGCAUACGAGAAGCAUUAAAUGCUAUUCGACCAUAUUUCAAAACUGGAUUACCACAAUACAAUGUCGAACCAUUCGAUCCAUUUUUUGCAAGAGAGAUUACCGUUAAACGAGGGGUUACGAGUUUUGGAUUUACUCUGACGCUUAGAAAUGUUACCGAGAGUGGAUGGUCCAAUAGCAAAGUGACCAAGUUUGUCAGCGAUAUACAUAAUUCAAAAAUCGUUUAUACGCAAAGUUUUCCGGAAAAAUUAUUAUUCGGUGAUUACGAAUUUUUUGCUGGAUUAUUCGGAACAUCGAUAAGUAACAAAGGAAAAUUUACUUUGACUUUGUACGAUUUAAUCCAAACAACGACUAUUACAAAAUCUCUGGGUCAGAAGAUAAACGUAAACAUCAAUGUACAGACUAUAAGAGAUUUGAAACUUCACAUUACGAAUCUUUUUCAUGGACGAGAAAUACUCGAAGGUGUACUCGAUAAAAUAAUUAAUGGGGCUUGGCAACCAGGAUUCGUAUUAACUAGAGGAAUUAUUAAUGAAUUAGUAUCGACUGCAUUUACUGAAAUAUUUGAUAAGGCAUUCAGAAAUUUCCCAUUUGAAAAAAUCAUUAAACCUAAACCUAUUCGUAUUUGA